UGCUAGGGCGCCAUGGCGCUAAGCGUCCCGUAACUAGGUACCGCCCAUCGGUGUGUUUAUAGGUGACAUGCUUCCGGUGUUCGCUACACGCCAGCAUUACAAGCCGUGGAAAUCAGUGGAGGUCUGAGACAGUAUUCUGAGAUAUUGAGAACUUAGCCAGUUUGCAGUCACAGUUUCAAAGCAAUAAGAACACAUCAGCUCAACAUGAGUGCCCCAACAACGCGACUGAGGGAAUUCAAAUCUGCAGUAGCGAAUCCAACCCCUAGUAAUUACAGAUACGGAAGAACCGUAGAAGGGUUGUACCCCGGACAGGUCGGACGGGUCUCAUACCAGAUGAAAGAAGCUCCCUUGCACCAGAGUUACAGAUUUCUUCCCGAGUUCACAUUGAGAGCACCCUACACCCAUGACAAGGAAAACCCGUUCAAGAACGUGAUCCAUACGGAGGCAUCUUGGGAGUACGCUCACCCCACCAACCCCGCGCCCCUGCCCCAGACACCCGGCGACCCUGUCAGACGGCCCCACACGGUGGACGUGUACGGGCUGCCCGACCAGACCUUCCGCACCAGCUACGGAGACUCCUUCAACAGGCGGGGCGAGCUGUGGGACACCAGAGAUCCGCUAGAUGUCACCAGACUCAAGGCCAAGAAAAGAGUCACGUUUGAUUCAUAGAUAACGAUAUUACGAGGAUGCUCCAAAAAGCAGUUACAUACUCAAGUAACUAGAUAUGGUUUUGGAAACGGUCAGACAUUUCAGAUAGUAUCCACUAUCUUUCGUCAGUGGCAAGAAAGAGAUCUGGAACAAACUGUUUUUAUACCCUAAAAUGAAUACAAAAGAGAUGAAGGCAAUUUUGGAUGUCCAAUAGGAAACAAGAUAUGGGAAAGGGCUUGUUUUUUUUAACUGCCGCUGACUGUCAUUUCAUCAUCAUUUGAUUGAUCUAGAUUUUCAUUCUUGAAAUCGGCAAGGAGAAACGAGGCUUUUAUGGGGAAACCCACAUGUAAAUAUAUAGUAAGGUAAAAUUGAAAAAAAUACAUUAAAGAAUGCUUUUACUAUGUAGAAUUGCAGAGGGAAAGGGGAUAAGGUAUUUUCUAUGCGUACAAGAGUCUUGUACGUUUAUAAGAAAGUUAGUAUAAAGUCAUAAGUGCACGAAAGACUUUCAAUGUUUAAAAAAAAAGAAGAGAAAAGAGAAAAAUACACGCCAUCACUUUAUUACAACAGGAUGAGUCUACGAUGCCUAGAAUUUCUUAUGAUUGGAUCUAAGACUGAACCAGUACUGUUCCUUGCCGUAUAUUUUGGAAGUAUGUCUGCCAGUUGCUGCUACUGUUCACUGUUGCACCUUUAUUGAGAUUGAUCAUGUUCAUUUUUUGUAAGUAAGAGUGUAUUGCUCAGCCAUACUUACGGUUCUAUGUACGAAUAAACCAAACUGCUGAUUGUAGCAGUGUUGACACAGUU